UCUCUCUGCGUGAGAAGGCACGAGGCAGGUUUCGCUCCAGCCACCGUCACAGAGCGUGUGGCGGAGUUUUUGUGGUUUGCAAAGUGUUUGGUAGGGGAGGGACCUUCAAACACUGCUGAGCUACUUUUGAGUUUCAGGUCCCUCCCCCAGCUCAAACUCCACUUUGCUUCCUUUCCCUUAAAGGCACAUUCACCUCAUGAGGCCUCGUCGGCCCCGCUCUCUUUUAAUGCGUUCUCUGUCUUUUCUGUCUUUACACAUGAAAUUGAUGUUGACCCAGAGGCUGAGGACGCAUACAUUAUCAGACAGUAAUAUUCCCAUAUCUGCCUUCACUGAUGAUUUUAUUCCUCUUGUGUUGUUCUCCAGGUGUGUGUGUGUGUGUGAUGAGCGAAGCAGCCUGGCAGUGUGUCAGCUGAGCAUCUAGCAGGUGAGAUGAGUGUGAAAGCAAUGUGAGCUCCCCCGACGAACAGGCACAGCAGUUCUCAGUAGCAGACCUCCACCCCAAUCACCAGCCAUUCAGAUGCACAACGACAACAAACUGGCCAAUCAUGGCAAGCAGGUCACCGGGGACGGCCGGUCCCAGGUGCCCGGCGUGAACCCGCAGGUCCAGCAGCAGCAGCAGCAGCAGCAGCAGCAGCAGGGGGCCGCCGCCCACCUGGGUUCAAAGGCCAUCGGUGCCGGCAGCCAUGGAGUCAAAACCAACCAGAUUUCAAUCGCCAACGCCGCCAUGAAGGCGGCGGGCCAAGCGGUGAGCAGCGUCGGAGGGAUGCUGAAACCCAAAUCCAAGCGGGAGAGGAGCAUCUCCAUCGACUCCGGAGAGUCGAGAAAUGCCAUCCCUGCCGUCCUGGAGGCCGAUGCCAAAGGAGAGGGUGUUAUGCGCAGUAAGCGGCGCUGUGUUCUGGAGAAGAAGCAACCAUACAGUGGAGACGAGUGGUGCUCGGGACCCGACACCGAGGAAGAUGAAGACAAGCCGCAUACCGCAGCCCACCGAGAUCGAGGCCUGGCAGGACCAAUGCAGGUGCUGCCCGACCGCCUGUCUGCAGGAACCCUGUCUGAACCCGGAGGCCCGGUCAUGGGAUGCGGAGUGGGACCAGGCCUAAAAACAGAACUGACUCAGCCUUCUCAACAUUUGGUUUAUGUUUUCACAACCAGCCUAGCCAACAGUGCUGCAGAGGCAGUGAUGAAGGGGCAGAGCGAUUCCAUCCUCCUGUUUCACCAGCAAAAUGUCCCACACUCCAAGUUGGAGCAGGGCCACUCGUCAGGAAAGCAUUCCAAGCUGUCCGAGAAGGUGACCGCCAGCUGCUCUCCCCCCACUGGCACCCCCAAAUCCCAAAGUGGAACCCCGCGGCCGGCCUCUGCCGGAAUCGGCCCGUUGCAUCCUGCAGGGACUCCGUCAUCAGCAACACACUCUGAUAAUGAAACCUCUCAGACCAGACCUGGCGGGGCUUCCAGCAAUAACAGCCUGGUCACCCACAGGUCAGACGGAGGGCGCGCGGCCACACCUGCAGGCCCAGACCCAGCAAGCGGAGACAGGGAUGGUUCGGGAGUUGCGCCCCUCCCCGUGACGGCUGUUUCUCCCUCAGGGAGUCCCUCCAUACUGUCUGCACAUCUACAGGGCGAGGCGGUGCAGAGAUGUGGCCCAGUGAACACUGACGGUCUUUCCAAAGAGCAGCUGGAGCACAGGGAGCGCUCUUUACAGACGCUGAGGGACAUCGAGAGACUACUGCUGCGCAGUGGAGCAGGCGGAGGCCCCGGAGAUGCUGGAGGCUCCAACAAUAAUGCUCCCAACAACUCAUCCAACUUAAAUAAUAACAGUAAUGAUAGGAGUGGUAUUCUUGAGGACGCUGACAAUGGUACUAAUAACUCUGGAAACUGCAGUAGUGGUAAUAUGUUGUCAUCGGCCUUGGCUCCAAUGGGAGGGAUGAAAAAAUACGAAGAGCCCCUCCAAUCUAUAAUUUCGCAGACACAGUCCCUCGGUGGACCUGUGCUCGACAGCCCUCAAAUGGACCCUCACCACAGCCUGCCACAACAUCCACACCACCAGCUGUCUUCACCUGGGGAGGACAUGGGCGCUUUACUCGGACCAGAAGGGCUGACCCCAGAGCAGAUGGCGUGGCGGAAACUUCAAGAAGAAUAUUACCAGGAGAAGAGACGGCAACAGGAAAUUCAACCGUCUACACAUCCCCAGCACUUUAGAAUGAUGACGGAGAUGGGCAUGCACGGAGGCCCUUUGAUGGUGAGAGGACCACCGCCUCCCUACCACAGCAAGCCCGGCGGGCAGCAGUGGGCUCCUGCCGGCAUGAUGGGAGGAGGAAUGGGUGGCAAUGAAAGAAUCAUCGACAUGCACCAAGAGGGACCUCGUGGCCCGAGGUUCUUAGGACAGAUUCAGAGAGGACAGCCAGUGGGCGGGGGUUUCCCCGGCAGUCCCGGUGGAGUUUUAUCAAUGGAGGGUCUGGGACCCCAAAGGCCAAACCGCCCAGGGAUGAUUUGGCUCGAUGACAUGCCCAAUAAUAUCAGUGGUGGAGGUCCUUUUCAUGGCUGCUACCCUGGAGGGCCUAAUCAGCAUGUGCAAGGCGACCCCGAUCAUCUGUUAACGCGGGAGGAAAUAUUUCGCAUCAUGGAGAAGCGGCAUAUGCAGGGUGUCUCCAGGUUCGAACUCGACAGAUUGGCUAAACAGCAGCAACAAGGCAGCCUAGGUUCGAGAAUUAUGGAUAAUCUUGGCGCUCCAGAUUUUCCCAGUUUAGGAAUGGGGCGAGGUCCACCCGCCAGUAGAUGUGAACCGAUGGAAUUUCCUGUUUCAAGGGAGAUCAUGGGAUCCCCUGUAGGGGGUCCGCAGAUCAGAGACUUGGUGGAUUCUUCAAUGGGAAGUAAUCUUGCGAUGAACAUGAACGCGCCGAUGAAUGUUCAACAACAGCAGCAGAUGUUACUAUCUCAGAAACUCCGAGGAGGCCAGACGGUAGGGGGACCUUUGGCUGAGAUGUUUGGAUCUGGAGAAAUUUCACGAAUCAGGACUUCACAGAAUGGAAGAGGAGGAAAUAAGGGCAUGAUCCCUGGACCCGAUGGUCCCUUUCAGUUUCCCAGUCAAGGACCCUUCUCUGGUGGGCAGGUAGAAGGACCUUAUCUUCAGCAACCGGGCCCUGAGAUGUUUGGGUCUGAUCAGCAGGGCCCCAAUCAAAUGGGAGGUACGCCGAGGCUUAGUCAUAUGCCGAUGGCCGGAGGCCUCAGGGGAGCGGACCUCGGUCCGAGGCAUGCGUCUGACCUUUCGGUCAAUGUUAACCCCAUGACCUCUCCUUCAGUGCCUCCUCCCCAUCAGCUCAAGUCUCCAUCGCUCAAUCAAGAGCCAUCUCCUCUGCUGCCCUCCCCGUCUGCUCCAGGACUGAAGUCACCUUCUCAGAUCUCCUCUGCUGGACACCACCCCCCUCCCCCCCCUGCAUCAGGUGCUGGUACUCCUUCUUCAAUGAAGUCUCCACAAAUUAUGGGAUCUUCCAACCUUGGAUUGCACUCUCCAUCCGCCUCUCCUGGACGACUCAAGUCACCAGCCAUGGGCUCUCCGGGGUGGACGUCCCCGAAAACAGCUCUCCCAAGUCCAGGUGGUCCACCCGGCGGGAAAGCUGUGGGAAACGGAGGAAGUAGUUCCACUGAAACAGGCCAGUCGCUUCCCCCGAGGAGCUCCAACUCCACUCCCAUCAGCCAGCCGGGCUCUAUGAAUCCCAGUAUGCCAUUCACUUCAUCUCCCGACGCCCCGCCAUCUCAGAAUCCUUUAUCUCUCAUCAUGUCUCAGAUGUCUAAGUACGCCAUGCCAAGUUCUACACCUCUCUACCACGAUGCAAUCAAAACAAUCGCCACUUCAGAUGAUGAAAUGUUGCCGGAUCGACCGCUUCUGUCUGCCGUCAGCGUCGGAGGAAACAUGGUGAAUCCCCAGACAUCACAGAUGCUCGUCUCCCAGGGCCAGAUUGGACCCCACAGUGACCCUCAAAGCCCGAUGGGUAUUGUAAGCCAAGGCCAGCAGCACUUGUCCCAUGAUGCCUCGGGAGCUGUACUUUCUUCCCCAAACCAAAUGGGCAUGCCAGCCAUGAAUUCUGCCAUGAUGGGAGGAGACGGACCUGAGGGAAUAGGGCCCUGCAAUGUUUCACCUCAGAACCAGAUGGGUGGUUUUCCGCGCAUGCAGCCGCCGUCGCACGGACCCAUGCACUCACCGAUUGGAGGAAUGUCGCAAAAUUUCUCUCAGUCCAACGAGGAUAUCCUGCCACAUCAGCAGUUGCACCUAAUGAGCAAAGGCCACCCCCACCAACGGCCUCCUCACCCUUCAGACUCGUUUGCCUCUCUUCCCAUGGGGGAGGGGCCGGAUCUGAGCGAAGUCAUACGACCCACUCACACGGGGAUUCCCGAGUUCGACCUCUCCCGCAUCAUUCCUGCCGAUAAGCCCAGUAGCACGCUUCAGUAUUUCCCCAAGAGCGAGCCACACCAGAAUCCACAUCAGGGGCCGCCGUCCCAGCACCACACCCCGCAGCAGCUCCUCAAACAGCUGUCCUCGUCCGGCCCUCCACACGGCGGCGGACCCUCAUCAAACCCUCAUUUAGCGAGCCUACAGAAUAUGAUGGCCGAACAGCAGCUGCCACCUCACGCGGCGCACGGUGGAAUACGCCAAAGCAUGGGCAUUCCUCAGGGGGGCUCGAGGGGUAUGGUUUCAGGAGGGGGCAUGGGCCCCAUGUGCCCCCCUGGACAUAUGAUGGGGAGGACAGGCUUGGUGCCCCAGCAGCAGCUUCAACAGCAGCAGGCCUUGAUGAACAACAGCCUCCUGCACCAUCCCUCCAACCCGUACCCCGGCAUGAUGCCCUCUCAGCAGCACCCACACAAUCUGAUGGCUCAGCAGAAUCUCAUGAUGAUGCAGGCCAAACAGCGAAGCCUGUCAAUUCCAGGGGAGCCCUUUGGACCUCAGGGCCCUCUGAUGUCCCCGCAGGGUCCCAUGAUGGGCCCGUCCCACCCGCAGUCUGGCAUGAUGGGCCCGCAGUCUCUCAGACAGCGAGGAAUGUCUCUGGACAGUCCGAUCGGUUACGGGCCCGGUGGAAUGACCAACAUGCCGUUCUGAUCCAGCUUCAAAAACAAAAGCAAAAAAACAAAAACAAACAAAAAAACAAAAACACAAAAAAAGAGGGUUCACUAGGUAAACUUCCCAUUGUGUCCAAAAUUUUUCAUUACUGUUAUUCUUGUAGUUGUUUGAAAAAA